AUGCAGAACACAAGAGGUUUUUCUAUGUUGAGGCUAUUUCUCUUUGCUAUCCUCUUCUUUAUCAUAGAAUGUGCAAGAGGUGAGUUAUCAGAAUCUGAGUCUUUCUUCAAUUUCCUGAGAGCAGUUGAUCCCCAAAACGUGCUUAACAAAACUACCUUGGUUGGAUCACCAUCACAUUCGUGCUUGGUCAAGUUGAAUGGUGUAAGAUGUGACUCAAAUGCUACUAGUAUUGUACAUAUAAAGCUUGAGAACUUGAACCUCAGUGGCACAAUUGAUGCAGAUUCACUAUGCAGGCUCAAAAAGUUAAGAGUGGUGAGCUUGGCUAACAACAGCAUCAGAGGAACCAUUCCACCUUCGAUUUUGCAUUGUACAAGGUUGACACAUUUGAAUUUAACCAGCAAUCAAUUGAGUGGGAGGUUGUCAAAGGCCUUAACAAAAUUGAAACAUCUUAGGAACUUAGACAUCUCCAAUAACAACUUUUCUGGUAUGAUCCCAAGUAAACAACAAUAUAGGCGAUUGGUUACUUAUCAUGUGACACCAAAUGUUAAGUUGGAAAGCAAUAGUACCAAAGAGGGGCUAAAAGAAAGUGACAAAAACACAAUGCAGCCACCGACACCAGAUUCUUUAUCAGACAGUAUUCCUGAUAAAGCCACAAGGUCAAAGAAAGGGACAGAAACUUUGGUGGUGUUACUUUUGGGCACUGUGGUGCUUUUUUCAUCCGUUUACUUUAUGGUAAGAAAGACAUUAGAUUUAACUGAAAGGAGAGAGGUAGUUAAAGAGAAUCAUGAUGUGUCAAAGGCUCCGUCUAAAGAAGUUCAAGAGGUGAACCAAAAGGAAGGAGAUUCUAAGCUUGUUUUCUUUGUUGAAGAUCGUGAAAGGUUCACAAUGGAGGACCUGCUUCGAGCCAAUGCUGAUUUGAGGAAUGAAGGCUUUUGCAGCAGCCUUUACAAGGUGAAGCUGGAGAACAAUGAUCACUAUGCAGUCAAAAGAUUGAAGAAUUUGCAGGUUUCCUUGGAAGAAUUUGGUGAAACAUUGAGGAAGAUUAGUAACUUGAAGCAUCAAAAUAUCCUCCCCCUUGUUGGUUAUCGUUCCACCAGUGAAGAAAAAUUCGUCAUUUACAAAUAUCAGAACAAUGGCAGCCUGCUUAAUCUGUUAAAGGAUUACAUAGCAGGUAGAAAAGAUUUCCCAUGGAAACUGCGUCUGAAUAUAGCAUGUGGAAUUGCACGGGGUUUAGCCUUCAUGUAUAGGAAGUCAGAUAAGAAGGAGGAGGUCAUUCCUCAUGGAAAUCUGAAGCCAUCAAACAUCCUUCUAGAUGAGAACAAUGAGCCACUAAUAAGUGAGCAUGGUUUAUCAAAAUUCAUGGACCCAAAUAGAGGUUUUCUGUUUUCCUCUCAGGGAUAUACAGCUCCUGAAAAGAGCCUAACAGAAAAGGGUGAUGUCUACAGCUUUGGAAUGAUUUUGCUUGAACUGCUAACUGGAAAAAGCAUAGAGGUGAGCAGAAUAGACCUUGCAAGAUGGGUGAGGUCCAUUGUGAGGGAGGAAUGGACAGGGGAAGUCUUUGACAAGGAAGUUAGGGAGAAUGAGCAUCAAUGGGCGUUUCCUCUUCUGAACAUUGCCCUCUUGUGUGUGUCACGUUUCCAAGAAACUAGGCCAACCACUCUGGAGAUUUUGCAGAGGAUAGAGGAGGUCAUGGAUCAACAUGAACAAUAUCAGGAACGUUUUGCUUCCAAAUGCUGUUCCAGUGGAUCCAACCGUGAUGAAUGUUGUUCACUGCACAAAAUCAUACCUGAAACAUGGGAUUCUCCAGGAUCAAAUUAUUGAUUUAACUUCAUCAAUGCUCCCUAUAGCAUAUUCACCUACUUAUAUAUCAUAAAGGCAUCAUCAUCAUCAUCAUCUAGUACAUGAACAUGUGAUCAUGUGUAGUGGUCUGUUUAUUAUUUA